CUCGUCAAUCUGUUUUUAUUUUGGUUCUUGUUGGUUCAUUGUUGUCAGGUGUCUUCAUUUCCGUCUGUGCCAUAUCUUGGUCACCAGUCAUGUUUUGUUUUAGGUUUAUUCAAGUGUUUCUUUGUUACUUUGGUUAUCUGUUGUGGGACUUUUAAUUUGCUUUUUCACUGUUCUUUGUUUGCCUUUUUUUUGGAAACUAAAUGUCAUUUUUUUGACUCUUGGACGCCUGCCUUGCUUCCCUGCUUCCCUGCACUUGGGUCCUCCACGUUUUUGCUUUCCUUCAAAAACCCCAUGUGACAUUAUUAAUAACAUAAUUCAAGCCUCUGGCGGAGGAGGUGUCGUCGACUCUUCGGCCACAUCCUCGCACGACGGCAAUGUCUGGUCUGAACCGGUUCUGGAGGAGGAGCGCGAGUCGGAGCCUUCACGCAAUGAUUGACGCCUACGCUGCGCGCCCUCCACUAGGCUCGGCCUCCUUGUGACGUUUACGCAUCUCAUUGGUGCAAAUAGCCUGACCCCGCCCACGCUCCGCUCGUACAGUGAACUAAGAACGCUGGGUGCGGCUUGUCAUUGGUUGACAGCCUCCCCAUCAGAUUUAUUUUGGGACCAGCCCCGACUGUGCACGAGGAGGAGCGGAGUUGUGUACAUCUCGCCCACGGGCGGCUUGUCUCCAGUCAAGCGGCCUGCUCUUUUCAGCACCAACACCGUGUGGAUAGCAGCUCACCGAACACCGAGGAGGCCAGCAGCCCGGGAGGGGUAUCCGACGAAUGUGCGAGUCGUUCUCAGGGAAAGUUCAUCGCUCGGCUUACUCUCCGGAGUGAGACACCGUGUGGCUAGUUUAUUCUCGCCACAAGGCCGUUGCUCGCUUGAAAGGACAAUCUUAUUUGCAGUCUCGGCGUUGCUAAAUGGCUACAAAUUAAGGGAAACAAAGGUGAUAAAGAGUCUUAAAUCCUAGCAGCUUGGUCGUGAUUAUAGUCGCGUCAGGUCUCCAUUGUGUGAGCAUCCCGCUGCUAUUUUCCACUGCUGCCCAAACCCCGGAGUCCCCCGCCCCCCCCUCCAUCCCUUCUUCGCUUCCCCACCCGUGCAGCAGCAACAGCAGCAGCUACAACUCUUUCGGACUCACUUUAUUUGGGGCGGGGGGAGGGGGGGGGGGGGGCACCACGAGCCUUCCGAAAUGUGCUCCCGUCUUUGGUUCGUGACCGACCGACGUAUCAGCCAAGAGUAUCCCCAAGUUCAGAUCCUGCGGGCAUUGAAGGAGCGCUGCGCCGAGGAGGAUGUGGAAUUCCGCUCUCUUCUCAUGGAUCAAAUCGUGCUGACCAUCAGCGAGGGACAAUUAGGCCUGCAAGUGGACCAAGAAACGGUGACAUCUUAUCCACAGGUGGUGGUGGUGCGGGUGCCCACGCCAUGGGUGCAGUCAGAUAGCGACAUUACCGUGCUGCGCCACCUGGAGAAGAUGGGCUGUCGGCUGAUCAACCGUCCUCAGGCCAUUCUCAACUGUGUCAACAAGUUCUGGACCUUUCAAGAGCUAGCCGGCCAUGGCGUACCUCUUCCUGACACCUUCUCCUACGGUGGGCAUGACAACUUCCGAAAGAUGAUUGACGAGGCAGAGCCGCUGGGCUACCCAGUGGUGGUGAAGAACGCACGGGGACACAGAGGCAAGGCUGUGUUCUUGGCACGGGACAAACACCACCUGACCGACCUGUGCCACUUGAUCCGUCAUGACACCCCCUACUUGUUUCAGGAGUAUGUCAAGGAGUCACAUGGCCGUGAUGUUCGUGUAGUUCUGGUGGGUGGCAGGGUCAUCGGCUCCAUGCUACGCUGUUCCACCGAUGGACGCAUGCAGAGCAACUGCUCCCUAGGUGGCGUGGGAAUGAUGUGCCCAUUGAGCGAGCAGGGUAAGCAGCUGGCCACAGAGGUGUCAAACAUCCUUGGCAUGGAUGUGUGCGGCAUCGACCUCCUGCAGCUCAACAACGGCUCCUUUGUGGUGUGUGAGGCCAACGCCAACGUGGGCUUCAUCGCCUUUGACCAAGCAUGCGGCAUGGACGUGGCGGGCAUCGUCGCCGACUACGCCCUGUCCAUGCUCCCCAACCGUCUCACUCGUAAGAUGUCCUUGCUGUCGGUGGUGUCGAGCACCAGCGAGACCAGCAGCGAGCCAGAGGUGUGCCCCGUGCCCGCAGUCGGGGGCUCCCUGCCCGAGGCUGUGUGCAACAUGAGUGUGGGCUCAACUUCCAGCGAGAGCGACCCCGAGCUGGCCGAGCCCUCCCAGUCACCCCCCUGCCAAGCCACAGGCCCGGGCCUCCCCGACCCGGCCUACAACUUCAACACGCUACUCGCCAACGAGAUCAAGCUAUUGACUGAGCAGACUGCCUGUACGCUACUUGAGAUGACGUUCGUUUAGUUGAUGGUCUUACCAGUAAAAGGCGAGAGGGAUGAUCUCCGUCGUCGGGAGGACGUCUUGCGGUUUGGACUCCAUGAUCCGUUCAGGACCCCACUAACACAGGCGUUGGGAGCCCCCCAGCUGGAAAACGUCGCCCUUUGCACUUGAUAGUUGGGA